AUGUCGCUCCCCACCCCCCGCCACCUCCUCAACACCCUCCUCACCACCCUGCACCAGCAGCACCCCACCCCCGCAUCUCCCGGCCCCAACACCCUCCACACCCUCCCACCCUCGUCCCAAGACCUCCUCUUAGCACUCUCCCACCUCCUCCCGAGCACGCUCCUCCCCGCGCUCGACCUCCUCGACCACCGCCGCGUGCACCGCUGCCGCCCCGCCGCACACAGCAAGAAAUACGCAUACUUCGUCUCGUCGUCCUCUUCUGCCACAGUACACGUGGUGCGCCCUGCGGCGUGGUGGUGCAGCUGCGGGGCAUUUGCGUGGGCCGCGUUUGGGCGCCGGGGCGCCGGGGGUGGAGCGGGGGAGGUGAUGGGGAUGGGUGAAGAAGGCGGAUUAUGGGGGGGUAGGAUGCGAGGGGAGGGGGAUGUGCCGGUGUGUGUGCACCUGGUGGCGUGUGUGCUGGUGGAGGCGUGUCCGGGGUUGUUUGGCGGGUAUGUACAGGAGGAGCAGAUAGCGUUGGAGAGGUGGGUGGAGAUUGAGCUAGAGAGGCGGUGA